AUGGCCGCGCAAGAGCAGGCUCCUUGCUCCCCAAGCGCGACGCGUUCCACCAAUUUCCCAUUGCCGCUCCCCGCGCGCUUCCUGGAAGCGUCGGAAGCCGUCGGCGAGACGGUCGUGCUCGCGAGCUACCCGCGGUCCGGCAACUCCCUCUUGCGGUCGCUCCUCGAGUCGAUCAGCGGCGUCGUCACGGGCUCGGACACGGCGCCGAACCGCACGCUGUCGCUGGCGCUCCAGGAGUGCGGCGUGCGCGGCGAGGGUGUCAUCGACGAGCGCGCCUGGGUCGUCAAGAGCCACUACCCGGAGCGGCGCGGCUGCGCGCGCUUCGCGGCGAAACGCGCGAUCCUGCUCGUGCGGAACCCCUGGGACGUCAUCGACUCCUACUUCAACAUGACCCUGACGAACAGCCACAACACGACGAUGCGCGACGACCAGUACGCGCGCUUCGAGGAGCUCUUCCGCGGCCUCGCCAGGGCCGAGGCCGACGUCUGGGCGAGGUUCAACCGCUGGUGGCUCCGGGCGCCGAUCCCGCUGCUCGUCGUGCGCUACGAGGACCUCGUGCACCACCGGCACCGCACGCUGCGGCGCGUCGCCUGGUUCCUCCGGGGCUGCGACCCGCUCGAGGGCACGGGCUGGGCCGAUCGCGUCGACGCGGCGUGCGGCGCGGAGCUCGACGCGUCGGGCUUCUACGCGCCGCGCCGCGGCGGCGCGCGGCGCGUCGGGUCGUCGCUGCGGCGUUUUGAUGAUGCGUUGCGCGGCGAGGUCGAGGACAUCUGCGGGUCCAUGCUCGCGGAUUUCGGCUACGACGCGGGCCGGGGGUUUCCCGAGACCGUCGACGUCGCGCCGCGGGCGCUCCGCGCGCCCGUGCCGCCGGGCGACGGCGACCACGACGUCGACGACUCCGGGGCGCUCCUGCUCAACGGCGGCCGCGAGGUGCGGGACAAGGACUCGCCCUUCGGGCGCUACAUGACGACGUUCCGCCGGUCGCUGACGGAGCCCGUCGUGGCCGACGACGGCGCGGAGCUCAACGCGCACGAGGUCGCCGCGGCGCGCGCGCGCGGGGACGCGCCGCUCCGGGUCGCGCGGUAA